GUCAGUGUCUCGGCCACCCUCGUGCCGUGCAGUUAGCGAGGGAGGAGACGAUCGUCGCUGGCAUCCCCUCUGGUUCUCUACCUAUCCCUUCCUCCUCCUCAUCCUCCUUCUUCUCCUCCUCCUCCUCCUCCUCCUCCUCCUCCUCUUUUUCUUCUUCCUACCUCCUCUACCGUCUCUUUCCUAUCCCUCCUCUCUCUUUUACUCACUCACACUCUCGCUCACUCGCUCACUCUCUAUCUCUAUUUCUCUCUCUCUCUCUCUCUCUCUCUCUCUCUCUCUCUCUCUCUCUGUCUUUCUCUCUGACUCUCUGUCUCACUCGACUUAAUGCCAGUACGAGCGCGCGCUUUCGAACGACGCGUUUCACAGGCAGCAGCCGCGAGGGACGAUCAGUCUGUUCUCCACGUUCUCCACGCAAGGACGAUCCGCCGGCGAUUGAUUGUAUUCGGUCAGUUUUGAACGAACAACAUCGACAACAUUAUUCUCUCGUUGUCUCAAGUCUCUCGCGCUUAAUCGAACUUUGACCGACGAACGGGCCCGACCUACGAGAUUUCUCGCGUGACUUAUCGUUCACUCUGUCAUUCUUUCCUUCUCAUUUCAUUUUUAUUAUUCCUUUUUUCUCUUUCUUUUCUUUUAUCCUUUUUCUUUUUCUCUCUCUCUCUCUCUCUCUCUCUCUCUCUAUGGUUUGAUUUUGUUCCACUAAAAGUGAUAUUGCGAGUCCGAUAGUAAAAAAAAAGAAGGAAAGUAGUAUAAGUGGUAGGUUCUUGUUUUUUUUUUUCCUUUUACCAUACAUUUCUUCACAGAACAACUCGUGUUUCUGUUCUUCUUUUUCUUUCUUUUUCUCCUUUUUUUUGUUCUUUUUUUUCUUUUCUUUUUUUUUUUUUUUUUUUUUGUUUUUUCUUCAUUAAUUCCUUAAUAAGAAAUACGAAGAAUCUUGUUUAACGUCGACGCGAUAAAAUUCCCGCGUAAUUUGAAUGAUAUAAGAGAAUUAUACGAUUUUCUUUUUUUAAAGAUCGAUAAGAAAGAUAUUAUUUUUGAUGAAAAAAGGAUCGAUAUUUGAUUUUCCAUUGGUGGAUCUGAAAACAAUCGAGGAAAAUUAGUUUAACGGAAACGUGGCCGAUGGUUUUGAAUUCGACCACCUUUCCCGCCACUGCCAAGAGAAAGAGAGACAGAGAGAAAGAGAGAGUGAGAGAGAGAGUGAGAGAGAGGGAGAGAAAAGAUAAGCGAACGAUUGGAACGUGGUUGGACCGUCAAUGUGAACAGAAAGAAUCGAGGAAAUAUAUAAUAAAAGAAAAAUAGAAAAUAAAGGAAGCGUUAUUAUAAGACAAAGAAGGAAAAAAGAAAGUGAGAGUGAGAGAGAGAGAGAGAGAGAGAGAGAGAAGGAUAAAAAGAGAACGAGAAGAAAACAACGGCAAAUGAAUUUAUUCGAACGGUAGUACGAUCGGUCUGUGAUGACCGAAUCGUCGAUCGAAUUCCUCGUUUUCGUCUCGUUAUUUCGAUCGAUCAACACGAGAUGAGGCUACCGAUGGAGAUCAUCCUGUCGAUCUUAUGCCUAACGGCAGUAUGCCUCGUCGACAGUCGGGCUGUCGAUAAGGAUUCAUACGAAUUCGAGGAAACGAAACACCAUCGACAUCAUCGCCAUAAGAGAUUCACCAUCGAUGAGCUUACAAACACAAGAUUUUCUCAUGCGAUUACCGGUGACCUGGACAUCGAUGUCUGCAAGGCAGGUGGAUUUCUUGGUGACAUAGCACUGCCCAACAUCAAGUACGAAACAGAAUGGCGACAGCAAAAGUUGAAUAAGUCGUACCUUGAGGAAUUGGAAAAAUACAGAGAGGAGGUAUUAAAGGAAGGUCUUCAAGUCGAAGAGGAAGGUCUUACCGAGAUAUUACAGUUCAAAAAUGAGCACGACAUGAACAAUGAGGCUCAUCGUGAGGAAGAAGAGAGCGUAGUCUCUCAAGGGAAACCUGAACCGAUCAUGGUGGAUCGCAAUCAGUAUAGCAUGGGCGGCGAAUUCGAGGAUGGAUUUAUCUUUAACGUUAGGAACGGUGAUACUAAUCCUGAAAUAAAGGAGGAGGGCAUUGAAAUCAGAUUAGAAUCGACGACUCUUCCGGCGAAAAAGAGACACUUGGCUCAUCGACAGAAUUAUUUGACGAUAACCGAAACUUCAAAUAUUAGAGAAGGUAGGAUCAAGCAAACGACACCGAAGAUACCCGAUGACAUAGAUUUUUCAAUCGGUUCAACAACGGCAAAGACUAGAAAUGCUCAAGAAGAUAACAUCGAAGAAAUAGGAGGUUAUAUGUCUACAAUUAGGCCGGAAACAACGACGCAAGAUAGAUCGAAACAACGUCAUCGUCGUCAUCAUCGUAGAAGAGGCUCUCGACGGCGAAAUCACCGAAGGAAAAUUGUCCCUUUGCCCCGGGACACGGCGAAUGAUGUCUCGGACGAGGUCGUCUCGCUUCACGAUAGGCGACUACGGUCCAUUGAGUUUUACGACAUGGACCACAAACCGAAAUAUCUUGCGAACAACGAGCGAGGUACAGAAUCACUAGUCCACAAUUUUCCAACGAGAAAUCGAAGAGCCGCAACUGCAAGAAAGGAACGUGUCUGGGAUCAUGGUGUUAUACCUUACGAGAUCGAUGGUAACUUUUCCGGAGCUCACAAGGCACUUUUCAAGCAAGCUAUGAGACAUUGGGAAAACUUUACUUGCGUCAAGUUCGUCGAGAGAGUACCAAGAGAACAUCCUAAUUAUAUUCUCUUCACGGAAAGACCCUGUGGAUGCUGUUCCUUCGUCGGGAAAAGAGGUAACGGACCGCAAGCAAUCAGUAUCGGAAAAAACUGUGACAAGUUUGGUAUAGUCGUUCAUGAACUGGGCCACGUCGUUGGCUUCUGGCACGAACACACCAGGCCGGAUCGAGAUCGACACGUACAAAUCAUUCGCGACAACAUCAUGAGUGGUCAGGAAUAUAACUUUAAUAAAUUGACGGAUGAAGAAGUGAACUCGUUGGGUCUGCCAUACGAUUACGAUUCUAUCAUGCAUUACGCCAAGAAUACAUUUUCCAAGGGCAUUUAUUUGGACACGAUUUUACCUAUAGAGAAUCACGGAAAGAAACGGCCUGAGAUCGGCCAAAGGAUACGGCUAAGCGAGGGUGAUAUCGCUCAAACGAAUCUUCUUUACAAAUGCUACAAAUGUGGUAGAACUUUUCAAGAAAAUAGCGGUAGCUUUGGUUCACCAACUCACCCUAACAGUUCUCCAGCGAUUGAUGGAGAACGGUGCGAGUGGAGGAUCACUGCUACCCACGGAGAAAGAAUUGUUCUGAAUAUAACGUCCUUGGAUAUCUUCAAAAGUGAUUAUUGCCGUAGCGAUUAUCUCGAAAUUCGUGAUGGAUAUUGGUACAAAAGUCAUGUACUCGGUCGUUUUUGCGGGAGUGGCAAGAUUCAUGAACCAGUGGUAUCUACCGGAAGUCGUAUGCUCGUAACUUAUGUUACUUCCGAACGUCAAAGCGGCCAUCGUGGUUUUACGGCAAGUUACGAAGCAGUCUGCGGUGGUGAUGUCGAAUUGGAUGGCGUUGGUCAUUUGGAAUCACCUAAUUAUCCUGAAGAGUAUCAGUCAAGUAAAGAAUGCGUUUGGAAACUCUCCGUACCGCAGGAUUAUCAGGUCGCUUUGAAAUUUCAAUCGUUCGAGAUUGAAAAUCACGACAAUUGCGUCUAUGACUAUGUCGAAAUACGCGAUGGUCACAAUGCUGAUUCCCCUUUGAUCGGAGUCUAUUGUGGCUAUAAGAUACCACCUGACAUCAAAUCUACUGGAAAUAAAUUGCUUGUUAAAUUUGUUAGCGAUGGAUCCGUACAAAAAGCUGGAUUCUCGGCAACUUUCAUGAAAGAAUUCGAUGAGUGUGAGUUGACCAAUCAUGGAUGCGAACAUGACUGUAUAAAUACUCUUGGUGGAUUCGAGUGCUCUUGUAAAAUCGGAUACGAAUUGCAUUCUGAUGGGAAACAUUGUGAGGAUGCAUGCGGUGGUAUUUUCGACGAUAGCAAUGGCACAAUUACCAGUCCCUCUUUCCCAGAAACUUAUCCAGGAAACAAAAAUUGUAUUUGGGAGAUUAUAGCACCACCACAAUAUCGUAUCACUUUGAACUUCACUCAUUUCGAUCUCGAAGGCAAUAAUGCCUAUCAACAAGAAUGCGAAUAUGAUUCUCUCGAAAUAGCUAGCAAACUUGGUGAUGAUAUUCUCAGAAAGCAUGGAAUUUUCUGUGGUGUUAGGUUACCACCAAUGAUCACAUCGGAAGGCAACUCCAUGAGGAUCGUAUUCACAUCAGAUAACAGUGUGCAGAAGACAGGCUUCGCCGCAGUCUUUUUCACCGACAUGGAUGAAUGCGCGAAUAACAAUGGUGGUUGUCAGCACGAGUGUAAGAAUACGAUAGGCUCCUAUCAGUGUUCCUGCCACAAUGGCUUUACACUUCAUGAAAAUGGCCACGAUUGUAAAGAGGGUGGCUGCAAGUACGAGAUUACGGCGCCCGUAGGCACCAUUACGUCGCCCAAUUUUCCUGAGUAUUAUCCUGGCCGGAAGGACUGUGUUUGGCACUUCACUACCAAGCCGGGACAUCGUAUCAAACUGGUAUUCAAAGUAUUUGAAAUGGAGUCCCAUCAAGAAUGUGCUUACGAUCACAUCGCCAUUUACGAUGGGGAUUCACCAGAAAGUCACACAUUAGGCCGCUUCUGUGGUACUAAGGAGCCUCAUCCAAUUUCAGCAACCGGUAAUCAGAUGUACAUGAUCUUUAAGAGUGAUGCUUCCGUCCAAAGAAAAGGUUUCCAAGCAAUACACAGUACUGCCUGCGGAGGAUAUCUAAUGGCAACGGAUAAGGUAAAACAUCUGUACUCGCACGUCAGAUAUGGAUAUAGUAAUUACGAUCACGGGACUGAUUGUGACUGGACUAUCGAAGCACCUAUCGGCAAGAAUGUUCACCUAUCUUUCUUCUCUUUUCAAUUGGAGUAUCAAAGUGAAUGUGGUUACGAUUUCGUUGAGAUAUUCUCCGGUUUGGAUGCAUCCAAUCCAUCCUUUGGUCGACUCUGUGGCAACUUGAACAAAACUGAUUACGUAUCGACGAGCGAGGCACUUCUCGUACGAUUCCGAACGGACGACACGAUAUCGUUCAAAGGCUUUGUAGCUAUUUUCGUUGCGGUAGAUCGGCAAGAUAGCGAUGAGAGUCAGGGCGGUGAGGACGAUGAGGAUAAUGAAAAUCUCUGAUCCGUCGCCGGCCUCGCCAAUCGAUUGGGUUAUGGCUUUUGAAAAGUAUUGCCUAUAAACCCUGCGAUCGAUCCUACCAAACGAAUCAUUGAAUCGUUUGCUCGUUGGAUCUCGUUCGAUCGUCGAGGUCUGGACACCGGGAGACGCUCUCUCUUUCUAUUCUUAUUAUUUGUUUUUUUUUUCUUUUUUAUAUAUCUUUCUUUCGACGAUUUUUUUACAUAGAUAAAACACAACGUGUUCCCUCGCUAAAGUCAAACCUUACUCCGUUUAAAAACUUAGGUAUACUUUUGCGAGGAUGAUAAACUUAAUCGAAUGUGUCCCAGUAUUUGGUUACUCGAAAGUCGAUAAAAAGGAUAUCGAUAUUAUCAACUCGAUCAGUAAAAACGAUCUUUGGAGUAAUCCAAACGCAUAUCGCCUGCCAAAAGUUUCGAUCUUGUCUUAAGAAAAUAUUCAAAUCGUCCAAAAUAAUGCGUGUGUGUGUAUAUAGAAUAUUACAUACGGCAAUUUUUCUCUUUCUUUCCUUUUUUUUUCUCUCUCUCUCUUUUUUUUUUUUUUUUUCUUUUUCUCUUUUUCUUCGACAACUUAUUCCAACGAGAUUUAUGGCUCUCAUAUUAUUAUACAUAUUUAAUAGACACAUAUCGAGUACUAUCUUAAAAAGUUAUGAUUGUAAUAAGAAAAAAAAAAAGAAAAAAAAAGAAAAAAAAAAAAAGAAAAAAAGAAAAAAAAAAGAAAUGAAAAGGAAAGAAAAUGUCGAAUGAUAGAAAUAGAAAAAGUUGUUUAAAGAUUUCGAUACUCGAACUUACGAAUAUCAGAACGUUCAAUCUGAAAGUUUGAAUACGAAAAACAACGGAAAGAUGUAAAGUAACGAAUGGCCAAACUGCCAUUGAUUAUACUUAACUUAUAUUGUCAUUGACUAGUGUUCGCGCGAUGCCUUUUCGCGACGAAACGAUAUAAUUCUUAAUAUAAUAUAUAUAUAUAUAUAUAUAUAUAUAUAUAUAUAUAUAUAUAUGUGUGACCUUCAAUUUCGGCCUAUUAUACGGCCGAUCAACGUGCCAUGUAUAUUUAAUUAUAAAUCACGUUACUCUGAAUAUUAACUAAUACCUUGUCCCAAAGUAUACAAAGUCCUUUACGAGUCCAGGACUUGGAGAACAAUUUUCGAAGAUGACGAUAAUCCUUCAACGAUCUUCGAAAUAAUUUUCGACUGUUUCCCUCUGUCUAUCUUUUUCUCGAUAACUUUUCACCACUGCCUCGAGAUCGUGACAACAAUCGAUUCGAGAUAUCCUUUGGUAUACGACAACUCGACGAACAUGACUGCCGAAAGUAAUUCGUUUCUUUCUCCUUCUUUUUUUUUCUUUUUGUCUCUUUUUUUUUUUUUUUUUUUUUUUUUUUUUAAAUAAAUCGUAAAAGGCUAAAAGGUACGCAUUUCGAAAGUAUUAGUUUCUUUUUUUUCUUUUUUUUUUUUUGACACGUCCGUCGUAUACCAAAGGACUAAAUAUAAUAAUUUUAUUCUGUACAAUAUAGAUGUCAUUUUAUGGAAAUAAUUCACGUACGAAUCGUCAUAAAAAGGGAAAAGAAAAGAAAAAAAGAAAAAAGAAAAAAAAAAAAAAAAAGAAAAAUUGCGAUUGAUUAUUAACGACUAACGAUGAAAAAUUUUUAAUCGGUCAUCGUAUGUUAUAUUAUAUGUAUCCUUAAAAAUACGCUGAACGUUCGUUGUAAAUAAUAAUGUUUAAUCUUAGAAACACGUCGCGACGUUUUAUAGAUGGUUUUUAGAUUCUCAAUAUUCUUAUCCCGUUACGGACAGCCAAGGAAAUAAAUUUAUCUUAAUUAACGUUAGAAGAGAACAUUAACAGUGUUACAACGGCGAUAAAAGAUAAAAAAAAAAAAAAUAAAACAAAAAAAAAAGAACAAAAAAAUAAAAAACAAAUAACAAAUAACAAGCACAUAACAUUAAGCCUACGUACACACAAUUACUCCGCCAUUCGAACGGUACACCCUAUUAAAAUCUUAAUUCUCCGUAUGUAUAUUUAGUAAUUAUUUGUUUAUUUAUAAAAAAAAAAAAACAAAAAAAAAGAAAAGGGAAAAAGACUGGCGCUAAAAAAGAACAAGGACGAAGCAACUUAUUAAAAAUUGGAUUUUAGAUUCCGUCGAUCGUUUAUGUAAAUAGUACACUGCCUUCUAUUCCGUAUCCUUCCCAAAGAUAAUAUCCUUAUUAUUAUCAUUUUUAACGCCAAGGUAUAUAUACAUAUAUAUAUAUAUAUAUAUAUAUAUAUAUAUAUAUAUAUAUAUAUAUACAUGUAUAUCUUUAUCUUUAGUAAUAAAGAUACUUAUCUCUUCGACUGAGUCAAAACUCUCGAGAUUACAUUUGGAAAUAUUAUUGCGUACGUAGAGUUUAGAAUCUAGAUUUAUCCGCGCCAGUAUAUGAGUUAAGAAUUAAUAUAUACGUAUGUAUAUGUAUAUAUAUUUAUAUACAAAUAUAAAUAUAUAUACAUGUAUGUGUGUGCGUACACGCAUAUAAAAAAAAAAAAAAUCUGUCCUUCGAAAGUUAACAUUGCGUAUAGUCUCAUCAUAGAGAUGAUCAUGAAUGUACGUAGAAUUUAUUGCAAGAUAUAAUGUAAGAGAAAUUGGUCGCAUCGAGUUCCUUUUUUGUAAAUUAUAUGUGAUUUCGCUCUCAGAAGACAAAAAAAAAAAAAAAGAAAAGAAAAGAAACAAAAAAGAAAACAAAAAAAAAAAGACAGAAUAAACGUUGCAAGUAUUGUAUCUCUUAUCUUGAUCAUAUAUUAUAUAUGUAUAUGUAUGUAUGUGUAUAUGCAUUUUAUGAAUACGAGUUAACGAUUACAAUUUUAUGUAACAUUCGUUAUCACAGGUCGAUUUAUCGCACUUUUAUCACCCAACAAACGUAUCACUUUUAUUUCGAAACAUUUCUCGAAUAAAACGAUCAACGAGUUUGUCCUUUUUUUGUUUAAAAAUAUGAAUCUAUUCGAAUCGUAAGGUAAAUAUUAUAUUUAAUAAUAUUAGCGAAUUAAUGAUGUUUUUGGAAUCGAUUCUAUUGGAAAGACCCGUUUAUAUUAUUAAAUUUCAUUUCACGUUUCCAUGCAAUUCAUUAAAGAAAUUUUUCAUUAUA